UGAAAUUCCAAAACCCGACAACAACGUUCCUCCUCUUCCUCCUCCUCUCCUCCCUCCAACCGCGGGCAACAAUGGCAAGCCUGGUGGAUAAAACAGAAGAACAAAGCAUCCUAUUCGACCCCCAGAAAUUGAACACCCCCCAACGUGAGGAUGGGACAUCACCCUUGCAAAGAACGUCUUCCAUGGCCGGCACAAAAUUGGUGAAUAAUUGGCGGCAAGCGGUCGGUGGGAUCGCAGUUGCGGUUUUGGUUGCGGUGGUUUGAGGAGGGAGGGUAGGGGGGGGGAUCCUUCUUUUCGGCGUUUUUUUUUUGUGCUCGGGUCCGGUUUGGGUGGUGGGGUGGUGUUUGGCGUUUUUUUUGUUUUUUUGUUUGUCUUUUUUCCGUUCAUUUCCCCCGGCUUGCAUGGGAUGAUUCCCACUCCCAACUGUCGCUUCGGCCUCCGGUGGAGCCGAUGCGGGUCGGGAUGGUCGGGGUUUAUAAUAUCGUAUCGUGCAUCGCGCGCAAUCAAGCCAACUCGAUACUGUAGGGUAUCAUA